AUGGUUUAUCCAGCAUAUGGUGGUGCAAAUACUCCGAAUUCAAUGUCAGGCGAUCAAAAUCGAAAAAUAUUUCUCGGUGGUUUAAGUUAUCAUACUACCGAUGAAACACUACGUGCAUUUUGUUCACGUUUUGGUAAAAUAACUGAUUGUCUCGUUAUGAGAAAUCCGGAAGGGAAAUCUCGUGGUUUUGGUUUUGUAACGUACGAAGACACAUCGUCAGUUGAAGACUUUAUGCGUUCAAGACCGCAUACUAUUGAUAAUCGCCAAAUUGAUCCAAAACGAGCCAUGCCACGCGAAGAACAGAAUAGUUCAGAAGCGCAUUUAACUGUUAAAAAAUUAUUUGUUGCUGGCCUACGCGAAGGAAUUAAUGAAGAAAGUCUCCGACAACAUUUUUCACGUUUUGGAAAUAUUGUUGAAGUUCUUGUAAUGAAAGACCGUGAUGGAAAACCUCGUGGUUUUGCUUUUGUUACAUACGAUGAUUAUGAUGCCGUUGAUAAAGCCGUUUUAGAAAAGCCACAUAUAAUCAAUGGUCGAAAUUUAGAUGUGAAAAAAGCUGUACCGAAAGAAAAAAUGCAAGAUGAAUCCGGAGGUAAUCCAGCUGCUGGUGGCGGUGGUGGUGGAGGCGGUAUGUCACAAUUUAGUCGUAAUAAUCCUUCAAAUUAUUCCGGAACGAAUUCUGGUCCACCGCCACCACCUCCUUCGUCAUCUCGAAAUAAUUUUGGUGGACAGAUGCGAGAUGGCUAUAAUGCUCCUGGUGGAAGUUGGGAUAAUCAAGGUGGAAUGUCGCGAAUGUCUAAUCAAAAUCAAAAUUAUAAUCAACCACCUGCACCAUCCUACGGUCAACAAGGAGGAUACAAUGCAAAUACAGCUGGCUUUAAUCCACCAAUGCCACCAACAAAUACUUAUCCACAAUCAUUCAAUAAUAUGGGUCAAAAUCAACCACCACCACCACCUCCUCCGCCACCACUUCCACAACAACCACCUAUGAUGAACUAUGAUAUGUAUAGUAACACUUCAAAUAUGCCAUUUAAUAAUAAUUCAAGUCAAGCACAAGCUUCCAAUUAUAUGCAACCACCUCCAUUACCUUACGGGCAAAAUCAACAACAAGGUUUUGGCAAUAAUUCAAACAAUUUCGGUGGAAUGAAUGAUCCAUUUAGUGUGCCACCAGCGCCAGCUGCAGGAAAUCGAGGCUAUAAUAAUCCAUCAUCAACAGCAACACCAUAUGAUAAUACAAAUUCAUAUGGCAUUACUUCACAAAAUUAUGGCGGUGGAAAUUAUAACAAUAAUAUGCCUACACAACAAUCUCGUGGCGGCGGUGGUGGUGGUGGUGGUCCUAUGCGUGGAGGACGAGGCGGCGGAGGUAGUGGCAAUUACGGCAGUAAUUUAGGUGGAGAUAGCGGUUAUGGUAAUCGCUCAGCUCCCUAUCCACCUCGUGGUGGCCGCGGUGGUCGUGGCGGAGGUGGCCGUGGUCGUGGCCGUGGACAAUAG